GGCAGCCCCUCCCCUACCUCUGCGCCCUCUGAUGUGUGGACUCACACAGGAUGAACUGCGAACUUCUCGCCACGUGUAGUGCCCUAGGGUACUUGGAGGGAGACACGUACCACAAGGAACCAGAUUGCUUAGAGAGCGUGAAGGACCUUAUCCGCUACCUGAGGCAUGAGGAUGAGACGCGCGAUGUGCGGCAGCAGCUGGGAGCAGCCCAGAUCCUGCAGAGUGACCUUCUGCCCAUCCUGACCCAGCACCGCCGGGACAAGCCGCUCUUUGAUGCUGUCAUCAGGCUGAUGGUGAACCUGACCCAGCCAGCCUUGCUCUGCUUUGGCUCUGUGCCCCAGGAUCCUAGCUUCCGGCACCAUUUUCUGCAGGUGCUGAGUUACUUGCAGGCCUACAAAGAGGCCUGUGCCAGUGAGAAGGUGUUUGGCGUCCUCAGCGAGACCUUGUAUGAGCUGCUCCAGCUGGGCUGGGAGGAGCGGCAGGAGGAGGACAACUUGCUGAUUGAGCGGAUCCUGCUGCUGGUCAGGAAUAUCCUCCACGUCCCCGCCGACCCGGAUCAGGAGAGGCGGGUGGACGACGCCGCCAGUGUCCACGACCAGCUUCUCUGGGCGACUCACCUGAGCGGCCUGGACGACCUGCUGCUCUUCCUGGCCAGCUCGCCCGCUGAGCAGCAGUGGAGCCUCCAUGUGCUCGAGAUCGUCUCCCUUCUGUUUCGGGACCAGAGCCCCGAGCAGCUGGCAGGAGUGGCGCAGGGGCGCGGCGCUCAGGAGCGGAGCUCAGAUGCGGCCGAGCUGGCAGUGCUGCGGCAGCGGGAGGUGGCGGAGCGCAAGACCCGAGCCCUGCAGCGAGGCAACCGACAUUCUCGAUUUGGGGGCUCCUACAUCGUUCAGGGGUUGAAAUCCAUCGGGGAGAGGGACCUCAUCUUUCACAAAGGUCUCCACAGUCUCCAAAACUACAGCUCGGAUUUGGGGAAGCAGCCCCGAAGGGUUCCCAAACGUCGCCAAGCUGCCCGGGAGCUGCCCGCCCAGCGCCGCUCUGCCCUCAACGUGCGGCUCUUCCUCAGAGACUUCUGCGCUGAAUUCCUGGAGAACUGCUACAACCGGCUCAUGGCCUCGGUGAAGGAUCAUCUGCUUCGGGAGAAGGCCCAGCAGCACGACGAGACGUACUACAUGUGGGCCUUGGCUUUCUUCAUGGCCUUCAAUCGAGCCGCCUCCUUCCGGCCGGGCCUGGUUUCUGAGACCCUCAGUGUCCGGACCUUCCACUUCAUUGAACAGAACCUCACCACCUACUACGAAAUGAUGCUGACUGACCGCAAGGAAGCUGCCUCCUGGGCACGUCGGAUGCACCUGGCUCUGAAGGCCUAUCAGGAGCUCCUGGCCACGGUGAACGAGAUGGACAUGUCCCCGGAGGAGGCUGUGAGGGAGAGCAGCCGCAUCAUCAAGAAUAACAUCUUCUACGUGAUGGAGUACCGAGAGCUCUUCCUGGCACUCUUCCGGAAGUUUGACGAGAGAUGGCAGCCCCGCUCUUUCCUGCGUGACCUGGUGGAAACUACACACCUCUUCCUCAAGAUGCUGGAGCGCUUCUGUCGGCACCGCGGGAGCCUGGUGGUGCAGAACAAGCGAAAGAAGAGGAAGAAGAAGAAGAAAGCCCCGCAGGAGCCCGCUGGCCCUGGCGCUGUGCCCCGCAGCCCAGAGGACCUGGACGCGCUGUGGCCGCCGCUGGCUGAGCAGCUGCAGCGCUGUGCCCUGGACCCUGACCUGAGCCUGGACUCCAUGGUUCCCUUUGAUGCGGCCUCAGAGGUGCCCGUGGAAGAGCAGCGGGCCGACGCCAUGCUGAAGAUCCGGGACGGCCUCCUGGCUGGCCAGGCCCCGCAGGCACUGGCGCUCCUGAGGGCUGCCCGGGAGGUAUGGCCAGAAGGAGAUGUGUUUGGCUCUCAAGACCUUUCCCCAGAGGAAGAGAUUCAGCUCCUGAAACAGAUCCUGGCUGCGCCCCUGCCCCGUGAGUCUCGCGUCCCCCACGGCCUUCCAGCUCUCCGCAGCAGAGACAGCCGCCCUCACUCUCCUGCAGGGCAGCCGCUGCCAGAGGAGCGAGGCGCGGAGGAGCAGGAGGGCGAGGAGCAGGAGGAGCAGGAGGAGGAGGAGGAGGUGCAGGAGGAGCAGGAGGAGCUGCAGGCGGUCCAGGUGUCGGAGAAGGAGUUCAGUUUUCUGGACUACCUGAAACGCUUCGCGUGCUCCACUGUGGUCCGGGCCUACGUGCUGCUGCUGCGGAGCUACCGGCAGAACAGCGCCCACACCAACCACUGCGUCGUCAAGAUGCUGCACCGGCUGGCCCACGACCUCAGGAUGGAGGCCCUGCUCUUCCAGCUCUCACUGUUCUGCCUCUUCAACCGUCUGCUGAGCGACCCUGCUGCCGGGGCCUACAAAGAGCUGGUGACUUUUGCCAGAUACAUCCUGGGUAAGUUCUUUGCACUGGCUGCCGUCAACCAGAAGGCCUUCGUGGAGCUGCUGUUCUGGAAGAACACAGCCGUGGUUCGAGAGAUGACCGAGGGCUACGGCACCCUGGAGAGUGGGGCAGCUGGCCGCAGAGCCCCUGUGUGGAGCCCAGAGGAGGAGGCCCGGCUUCAGGAGCUGUACCUUGCCCAUAAGGAUGUGGAAGGGCAGGACGUGGUGGACGCCAUCUUGGCACGCCUGGGCACUGUUCCUCGGACCCGCAAGCAGGUCAUCCACCAUCUGGUACGGCUGGGGCUGGCUGACAGUGUCAAGGACUUCCAGAGGAAAGGAACCAACAUUGUGCUGUGGACAGAAGAUCAGGAGCUGGAGCUGCAGCGGCUAUUCGAGGAGUUCCGGACCUCAGGGGAUGUCCUGGGUCACAUCAUGAAGAAUCUCACAGCCAAACGCUCACGGGCCCGGAUAGUGGAUAAACUGCUGGCGCUGGGGCUGGCGGCUGACCGUCGGGAGCUGUAUAAGAAGCGUCAAAAGAAGCCGGCUCCCUCUCCCUGGCCUGAUGGGGAGGAAUCCCUGAAAGAUUUUUGCCAGGAAGAAGAGGAAAACCUGGCAGAGGAAGAGAGUGGAGAGGAUGAAGAGAAAGCAGACAGUGUGGCAGCAGAGCGAGCCAGGGGUAGCCCGGUCCUGGCCACUGGGCGCCUUGGGCGAAGCCUGCACCAGGCAGGCUUCUCCGCCCCCCUCCUGUGGCUCCAGAACUGCCUGACUCGAGUAGCUGAUGACCGGGAAGCUGACAGGUGUGCCCAGGCCGUACCGCUGGUGCCACUGACCGAAGAGAAUGAGGAAGCGAUGGAAGACGAGCAGUUCCAGCAGCUGCUGCGCAAGCUGGGCCUCCGGCCUCCGGCCUCCGGACAGGAAACCUUCUGGCGAAUUCCUGCCAAGCUGAGCCCCAGCCAGCUUCGGGGGGCUGCAGCCUCGUUGGGUCGAGUGGAGGAGGAGGAGGAGGAGGAGCUCCAGCCAGCGCCCGGAGAGCCAGGCCUGGCAGGGGCGCCCCCAGCCCCGAGGGCAAGCGCCGGCCUGACGCUCCCAGCAGAGGGACCAGCUCCUGCUGGGGGAGACUCGCCAGAGGUGGCGCCCAAGCGACGGCUGCUGGACAGCGACGACGAGGAUGUGGGGAGCACAGAGCCGGGAGCACCAGGAAUCCGAGAGAAGAAACGGUUUCGGAUUGAGGAUGACGAGGAAAGCGACUGAAGGCCGGGAGCGAGUCCAAGUCCCAGCAGGCGGCGCCGGCGGCCUCACAUUGUGUCCCCCGGGCUGGCGGCGCGUCCCUGGUGUCUCCGGGGCUGCCCCGAGCACCGCCAGAGUCCCCGCGCUCCCGCAGGCGCACCCUAGGGAGCCGCGGCAGGGGCAGGGCGCGCAGUGGGCGUCUGUUCUCCCGGCCUGGAGGUGGCCACCAGCACCAGCGGUGGGACUCCAUGAGGGGGAGGGCUUGCCCCCUCGCCCCUGUCUGUUCCUGUGAUCACCCCAACACUCCUCAGAUGCCCCAGUCGCUGCAGUCCACAGGCGGGACUGCGGUGCCCUCCGCGGGUCUGGGGUGGGGUUUGGUAUUAAACAAAACGUGUAAAAGUACAAGUCGUCAGUGUUGACCUGACUCGCAGCUACCACCCAGCCCUCCACCUGCUCCGUGCGCGGACAGACUCCUAAAGCUAGCUGUUAGGGUUCAAGAGACCAUUUGCCUUCCUUUGUUUCUG